CAGAUGUGAGGUCAAACACACAUAAGGACUGUGAGGGACGUCUCGAGUCUUCUGAACCUUUCCUAUUCUCGGGCUUCGCUUUCCAGGCACAGCAGAAGCCGCUUGGCUGCGGUCACACCAGCAAGUUUUUUUUGUCUGCUAGUUAACUUUUGUUUAGCUAUUUCUUUUUAUUUUUCUCUUUAAAGUUUACCCCUGGGUAGUGUAAGCAAGCUGGAUUCCCGGAGCCCUUCACCAUGUCAGGGGGGUUUUAGGUACUCCAUGGAGCAAGCAAACCUGUACGAGGCAGCCCCUCGGCACCUGGUGACAAACCUCGCCCAGAGCACGCAGAACACCUACGGGUACAAGGACGACCUGAGCGCGAUCUGCGAGAACGAGAGCUCCAUUGAUAUCAGCGCGUACAUCGACCCAGGCGCGUUCAACGACGAGUUCCUGGCCGACCUGUUCCACAGCAGCGGCGCGCGACACGACAAGCUCAAGCUGGCGAACGGCUGCGACUACGAGUACGGCCACGGCCUGGGGAUCUCCGGCGCGCCCGCGCCACAGCACUCGUACGGCUGCGCGGUGACGAACUAUGGCAACUCGUCCAAGCUCGAGCCGGUGUACGAGUCGCACGAGGCGCGCAUGAGGUCCUUGGCGAUCAAGCAAGAGCCGCGCGAGGACGGCGAUCUCGGAGAGGUCGGGCACGCGCCACAGUCCGGCGCCUACCAUCACCACCACAACCACCACGGGCACCACCCGCACCUGCCGCACCUGCAGUACCAGAUCGCGCACUGCGCUCAGACCGCCGUGCACCUGCAGCCGGGCCAUCCGACACCUCCACCCACCCCGGUGCCAAGCCCUCACCACCAGCACCAUCACCAGCCCCAGGGCGCCCUCGCUGUCAAAAUGAUGCGCAGCAGCGACUCGGGCGACAGACCGAAAUCUAAAAAGCACGUCGACAAGAACAGCAGCGAGUACCGGCUGCGGCGCGAGCGCAACAACGUUGCCGUGCGCAAAAGCCGCGACAAGGCCAAGAUGCGCAACGCCGAGACGCAGCAGAAAGUGAUCGAGCUCUCGGCGGACAACGACAGACUGCGCAAACGCGUCGAGCACCUCACGCGCGAGCUCGAGACGUUGCGGGGCAUCUUCCGGCAACUGCCCGACGGCUCGUACGUCAAAGCCAUGGGUGGCUGCGCCUAACAAAACUCUUGCUAUUCUUUAUUAUUAUUUGUUGUUGUUUUUAUUUUUCAUAUUGUUUCCUGAAGUCGUGCUAUUCCUAUAGCGUCCGCUGGAUAUGUACUAGAUGUCAAAGAUCAUAAUUACUGAAACUGUUUCGAUACAGAAGCCAGGCAGCUGCCGUCUCCACGUGCCUUUUUUGUACCCCUAAAAAAACAUAAACUCGAUAAGCUCCUCUUUGGACUUCCGUCCUCCAUGUCUGCGCGCAGCUCCUGUAGGGCAUGACUUCACAUCAGCAGCAGCUGUAUUCAAAAGUGUAGAAAAAAAACAGGUACCAACUUUAUUUAGGGCCUAAAUGUUUUGAUAAUGUGCGCCCUCUUGAACUUUACUGCACAAUGCUUCUCCAAAAGCGUAACAAAAAAGCGCACUGACAGAAAAAAAAAACCCUGCUAUUAAUAUUUCAUGUUUAAGUUGUGAUGUUGUAUGUUGGAAUUUGUCUACGAAUGGACUGAAAACGACAUGCCAAAGCAAAGGACUGGAGAACAACAGGCUACAUUCCAAACCGCCUACUACAUACCAUGCCAAAAAAACAUGUGCAUAACUGAUCAUUUGCUUACUAUUUAGUAGAGUGUUUAUAUUGUGCGGUUUGGGAAGUAGCCAAAUCAUCAGACUCUGGUGUCUGCCCUUCAGCUCAUAUGCACUAUGAGUCGUGAGACUGUACGACCCGAGGAAGCACAUUUUUAUUGGUCUGAAAAAUUUUGCCAUAGGCUCGGGUACUGAUUUGGAGGGCGCGUGCGUGCGUAUAUGUAUGUAUGUGUGUGCUUGUGAGUACGUGUGUGUGUGUGUGUGUGUGUGUGUGAAUUUGCGAGGACGUUUUUUUUACAGUCCAAAACUUUGUAUUUAUGCAGCAGAAUUAAGAUGAAAUGUGAAAAAAAGGUGCCUCUAUGCAAUGGCUGUUCCGCAGCGUGCUGUGUAGCCUAUAUAUUUUUUAUUUUUAGUUUUGUUUUUGUGUAGGAUCUCAGUGCCUUUUUAGUCUCCAAUAUCAUCAUCGUCAUCAUCAUCGUCGUCAUCAUCAUCAUCAUCAUCAUCAUCAUCAUCAUUACUUGGAGACAAUUUUUGAACUUUCCACUUUAAAUAAACAUAAUAAGUAUAGGCCACAGCAAGGAAAAAAAAGCACUUUUUUCAUGUCUAAAAAAAGAAACAAUAUACAACAGCCACCACAUUGCAAAUGUUAUAUGAAUGUUUGUUAUUGAAAUACGUUCCAAAUGUAAAACCAACAUUAUAUAUAAAUAUAUAUACACGCCAAAAAAUUACAAAUUAUAAUAAAAGAACAUGGUGUUACAUAAAAA